GUUUCGAAAUUUUAGCCAACAUAAAAUCUUUCCUUGGGAUUAGAUUCAGCUCUUAUUCAAUACAGUACACCUUUAUUCACGAGUAUAAUAUUGACAAAGCUCCACUGAAGCAUACAGCCAGUGACAGUCAUUGGAUAGCUUUAAUGUCAAUUUUCAGAACAUACAAAUGUGUGGUAUUUAAAGCCAAAUCGACGGGUAUAUCUUAAGUUGUGUUGAAUAACUGGACAUCACAACAAUGCCUAAAUACGUGUUCACAUACUUUGACGGCCGUGGCCGAGGGGAACCCGCAAGGAUACUUUUUGCAGCGGCAGGAGUCCCCUUUGAGGAUCGCCGUCUGCAGCAAGAAGAAUGGCCAGCUUUAAAACCAAAGACUCCCGGUGGAUCAUUACCAAUUCUUGAGGUAGAUGGACAACCAGUUUCGCAAAGCCUUGUUAUUUUUCGCCAUUUAGCGAGGACGUUUGGUCUAGAUGGCGAAAAUUUGUUAGACAAAGCUAAAGUGGAGGAAAUCGUUGAAUAUCUCAUCGAAUUUAAAAAUGCUGGAUUUAAGAUGAUGUUUGCUCCCAAAGAUGAGGAAUCUCAGAAAAAGGCCAAGGAAGAGCUAGGUUCCACUUUUGACAAAUCCUGUACUCGGGUGGAGAACAUUAUGUCAGCUAACAAAUCUACAGACGGUUGGGCUGUGGGGAAAAAAAUGACGUUUGCGGAUAUUUUGCUGUUUGAGGCUUUCGAAACUGCUGUUGCUCGAGAUGCGGCAGUUUUAGACAAGUUUCCCAAAAUCAAGGCUUGUCGAGCGAAAGUACAGGCUCUCCCAAAGAUUAAAAACUAUCUCAGCAAAAGAAAAGAAACUCCAUUCUAAUGUUUCUAGUCAAUUUUUCACAUUGCUUAAGCCAUAUUAUUUACCUGCAUGUAUGCAAAUUUGCAGUAUGAUUGCAUUUUAAAAUACCUUUGAAAUGGAUCUUGCAUAUUUAGUGGUGUACCUGUUGAAUAAUCAAUUGUCAAUACUUCAUGAUUUUAUACCUGUAUUUGUAUUUGAAAUAAAGCUUACAUCAUGAA